CCCCCCCCCGAAAAAAAAAAAAAAAAGGAAAAGGGAAAAAAAAAAAAGGAAACCUUUCCCAUCAGAGAAAGAGGGAGAUCUCUUUGGAAACAUGGAGCUGCUGUGCUGCGAGGUGGAUCCCAUGAGGAGAGCUCUCCCUGACCCAAACUUGCUCUACGAUGACCGCGUUUUGCACAACUUACUAACCAUAGAGGAGAGGUAUCUGCCUCAGUGCUCCUACUUCAAGUGCGUCCAGAAGGACAUCCAGCCCUUCAUGAGGAGGAUGGUAGCCACUUGGAUGCUGGAGGUCUGUGAAGAGCAGAAGUGCGAAGAAGAAGUUUUCCCUUUGGCCAUGAAUUACUUGGACAGAUUCUUAGCUGUGGUGCCCACUCGAAAGUGCCAUCUGCAACUGCUGGGGGCAGUGUGCAUGUUCCUGGCCUCCAAGCUGAAAGAGACAAUCCCCCUCACAGCCGAGAAGCUGUGCAUAUAUACGGACAAUUCCAUCAAACCCCAAGAGCUGCUGGAAUGGGAGCUGGUGGUGCUGGGGAAGUUGAAGUGGAACCUCGCAGCUGUCACCCCGCAUGAUUUCAUUGAACACAUCCUAAGGAAGCUGCCUCUACCUAAAGACAAGUUGCUUUUGAUCCGGAAGCAUGCACAAACGUUCAUUGCCCUUUGUGCCACAGAUUUUAACUUUGCCAUGUACCCACCGUCAAUGAUAGCAACUGGAAGUGUGGGGGCAGCCAUCUGUGGCCUUCAGCUUGAUGACGGGGACAGCCUCACGGACCUCCUGGCCAAGAUCACAAACACGGAUGUGGACUGCCUUAAAGCUUGUCAAGAACAGAUCGAAGCGGUGCUAGUAAACAAUCUUAGUCAAGUCCGGCAGCAGCAACAGCAAAGCAAUCCUUCUAAGACGGUGGAUGAACUGGACCAGGCCAGCACUCCCACAGAUGUGAGAGACAUCAACCUGUGAGGACAUCGGCACAGAAAGUCACGCUUGCUCCCCCAGCCCUUUUAUUUUUGUUAUUAUUUUUAGAGUGAUUUUUUUUUUAAUCUGCUCCCACGUAGAACGUAUUUAAAGCUGUUUUAGGUAAAAAAAAAGAAAAAAAAAUACAAAAACUGAAUAAUGAAAAGAAAAAAAAAGCAUUUGGUGCCUGUGAUGUUCUACAGAAGGGAAUCCCACAAUAUAUUUGGUAAUUGCUAUUUGAUUAUGUAUCAGUGAUAUUAAAUGCUUAUAAAAGCAUACAAAGUAGCUAGAUAAAUGUAAGCCUGCAUUUGUGGGAACAAAGUAGAGUAUACUUGUCUGUGUAUUAUGACCUAGUGCAUACACCCCUUUUUUAGAUUUAAGAAAGGAAUCGUGUGUGCGAUUUUAUGGCUUGACUAGAUUGCAAAGCAAUAGAAUAAGGGGUUUAGGGCAAAGUGGGAAAAGAUCCCUGAAGCAAUUGAACCAUUUUGAAUGCAGAAGAGAUUUGCUGAUCUGUCACCUCUGUUAUUAGUCAGAAGUGUUUGUUGGAUCUCUGUAUGUUAGUUUUGUUUACUCUUGCUGUCUGUGGUAGCUGCUACCUAAGAAAGAAGAUGCUUUAUUUUGCCAGCCGGAAGAGCAGGUGGUUUUUUGUUGUUGUUGUUGGGUUUUGUUUAUUUUUCUUGGGGUUUUUUUUCAACUUCCCCCUCUCCCCUCUUGACUUUUUCUACUUUUCCUUCAGAAAUGGCUCAUUUUAAACACAGCAGCAUCUUUGGCAUAAGGGCAAUUCCGAUUACCCAACUGUGGUCCAAGCCAAAGUUACAGAGUGUUCGCAUUAGGUGGGGGAAUGCACCAAUUCAGUCAGACCACCUCCAACCUUUGGAUUGCAAGAUGCAGUGGGUCAUCUGUGAAAAGCAUUAUAUUCCUUUACAGUGCUAAUGCUUCACAUCAAUGUUAACUUGUGGCAGCUCCUUAGCUUGGCCGUAAAGAUAUUUAAAUGAUGCUCUAUCCAUCUUCAUAUUUAACAUAACCUCACUGUGUUAAAGAAGAUGAGAUUCGGUUUGAUCCCUCUGCCAGCUACCCACCUUCCCCCAUUGACCCGCACACGCUUUCAGCAUUUCGUUAACUUUAUUGAUCCAUAGUGAGGGUUUUUGUAAACCAUUUUGUUCAAAAAGCACUUUGAAAAUUGUUCCUAAGGGAUUAAAUGAGAUGGUUUAUGAUGAUUUUGCCAAGGAAAAAAAAAAACACCAAAAAAGAAAGAAAAAAAGAGAAAAAAGAAUGAAAAACGAAAGAAAAAAAGAAAAGUCACAAAAGCAAAGCAUAUAGCUUUUUAUAGUCAAUAUUUUUCAGUAUCUGGUGUACUUGGUUAGUUGCGGUGUUGCUGGAAAUGCCAGCACCUGCUUCCGAUGACAUUCCUGUCAUGACAUUCCGGAUAAGAGCCUGACGAUUUGUAUUGUUCACUGUCACAGAAGGAUCUUAAUACCACCUGCAUGCUUAUCUAUGGACAACGAAAGAAAAUUGCUGGUGCAAAAGACAUGAGUGGUAAACACCAAGGUGUGCGACUUGGAGUUUGAUUACAAAGGUGUAUUCAGCGUACUUGAAUUUAUUUUUCUGCUCCAUCUGUAACGAAGAGUCAUUUAGAUGGAAAGGAGUUGGAGCAACUUGGUUUUCUUUUUUUUUUCUUUUCCUUUUUUUUUUUUUUUUUGCACAGUUGUAUUAACAGUUUGCAAAUAUUCAGUAUGAAGCUGUUGGUUGAAAAGUUAAUGUUUGCAUUUUUAAGACAAAAAUCCAGAAAGAACAUGCUACUUCGAAGAAUAUUAUAUGAAUGGACUCAGCCGUAUUUGGCUAGAUGAGGGUAGAAAAUGGAGUAAGAUUCUAAGGUUUUGUUGGGUUGUUUUUUGGUUGUUUUUUUUGUUUGUUUGUUUUUUUGGGGGGGUUUGGUUUCAUUUUGGGUUUGUUUUUUUUUGCGCUGCUAAGAAGCUAUGAUUUGUUUCAUUCUUAUUCACAUUAACAGUACUUAGCUGUAUUGUUUCACUGAGUGUGCUGCUAUUUUAUAAACAUUUUUAUAAUAUAUUAUUUUACUGCUUAAAUUUCAAAUCCUGAAGUAGAUGGUUAAGUGGAGAUAUGAUGAGUUCUUUGAUUUACUGGAAAUGCCCUGUACAGUCUGUUUGUUUUCUUUUUUUUUUCUAAUAGCGUGUUCAUGAUCUUUUUUUUUAUUUUUUCCUUCUCUCUUUCUUUUUUUUUUUUUUUUUUUUUAAUAUUUCUUCCCUUCCUUCCUGGUCACAUCCUGCAAAGAUGGUAUACUUACCUCAGGUUUACUGGACAAAACAGAAAUGGUUCCCAUUUUCACAAUACCUCACAACACGACAGUUUGGUUUUGUCCCGGGGCCCACGCUCUGGCCACUCCAGGGAGGGGUUUGCAGGCAGCCGGGGCCCUGGCUCCCUUUUGGUCUUCUUUGGUAUCCUUUUCAUGGUGGAAAAAAUGCACUGACUUUGACUCUCCACUGAUGGCUUCACCAGAGCAGAUCCAUGUUUCCCAACACUGGUGGUGGGGACAGCCUUGUUCUCACCGCCAUCACUUCCCACCUUCAUGUUCCACGUUGGGAGCAGUUGAAGUUCUGCAGCACUCUCUCUUCUGGAGGACAGAAAAAUAGCUAAUUUUGUGGAAGUAGGACUUGGAAGCUGCACACACCAUGUAUGUGACAGAUCAGCUCAUUCCCUGACAGCUCUCCUACGGUAGCAAAUGGGGCUUCACAGGGAGGUGUGCCAAAGGGUCCCCAGACGGUGGAAUGACUUCUCUAUGCACUGGGGCUGUAGUGCUGCUGCCUGCAGCAGCCACAGAUACCAUGUCCAUCAUGUUAGCAUGGUUUGUUCCACUCUGUGCUGUAGGUGCAAGUAAUACUUAAGGUGCCUGCCCCUGCUCUUCAUCCCACUUCCUGCAGUGCCCCAGUGCCAUGUGGGAAUCUCCUCUUGCAUUAUCCCUCUGGGGCUCCGCAGUGCUGCCAGGAAUGGGGGUGAGGUCUGCCACCAAGGUCCGCUCCUUGCACAGUGGUUGGAGGUGGAAGUUGUGCUGGAACAGAGCCCCAGUCCCUUGUAGGGACCUGGUGGGUCUCUGUGGAUCACCACCAGGGCUAAGAGUGCAUUCGGAAGAUCUAACAGCCUGGUUAUACUGAGAAGCGAACUGUAUCUGAAGUCUGGAAAACGUACAACUUGACCAUUUUCACAUUGGUGAUCUAAGUAGAAACACUGCGUAGUGCUCCUGCUUAGCAGGUGGAAAAAAAAUGCGUAUAUACUAUUAUUGCAAAUUAGGUGUGAGACUGUUCUGCCUGUAUUGGAGAAAUCAUAAACCUUCCUAUUGAUUAAUUCAAAAAACAAUGAUGCUGAUUAUACCUUCACAAAUACCAAAAGGACUGGCACAGUUACUAACAGCAUUUCUCUCCCACAUUCCUACUGAUGGUACUUUGAUGAUCUUCCCCUCCCUCCCAUUACUGCAGCGUAGGAGCACCUCGUAAGAUAUUUAUUUAUAUCCCCAGUGUGCUUGUGAAAAGAGAAAAAUGUAUUAAUCCCAGUUCAGUGUCAAUGAUUUGUGCUGGAAUAAUCGGAGGGCUCUCAGUUACUCACCAAACCACCUGGCCACUGGAUUUUUUCCACUAUGUUCCUUACCAUGUUCUCAUGUACCUCAGAAAUCACUCUCAGUUGCACAGUUCUGUUCUCAAAGUUUUGUUUUUUGAUUUUUUUUUUUUGUUUUUUUUUUCUUCAUUGAGUGUGAUGCCAUAUCAAGUCAACGUUACUCUCACAAUGUGCUCUUUAAGAGGUGUGGAUGUUUAUAUGGUCAGGGGAUGCUAGAAAGUGCAGUAGUAGACAUGAUCAGUGUAAACAAAAGUAUUUAGAAAGUACGCGAGGUUGUUUUCGAUGGAUAAGACUCUGAUACAGUGUAGUCUCGAUUACCUUUUAAAAGGUCUUCUUUGUUCAGUGUUGUCAUUUUUAUUAAUAACCUGUUGUUUUGACUAGUUUAAAGAUGGUUCUAAGAAAAGUGUUUUGGCGGGAUUAGGUAUGCAGUAUGGACAAUAAACUCACCUUGACCUAA